GGAUCAAGGGAGAUGCAUACUUUCCAAAAGGGCACCAUGCAGUCCAGACUUGUCCUCCUCGCCCUCCUCGUCUUCUGGGCCGGUUGUUCUUCUGCUUCUGAUGGGUAUGGAAGCAAAAAAGUGAAACCAGGUGUGUGUCCAAAAAGAGCUCCUCCAGGACACACCAAUCCUUGCAAAAAUCCUCCAUGUAAAACUGAUGCUUGUUGUCCUGGCAAGAUGAAGUGCUGUCAAAUUUCAUGUGGGAAGACCUGUUUGAUGCCCAUGUCUGGGAUUAUGGAGAGAUUGGCGCCCAAACCAACGGCUGCCAGGCCAACAAGAAAGACUCUUGUAACGGUGACAGCGCCGGCAGCUGGGUCUCCCACAACAAGCAAGGCUCCCAAACUGGAGAUGGAGGUGGCAGUGCCGACAGGGGUGCCUCCUGCAGCAAGCCUGGAUAGCAACCCGGCAAUGGUGGCCAUGCCUGAAGACUGAAUUUGAAGGAGGCCUGGAUCCAUGGGCAGCACCCCUCCACCACCAAGACUUCUGCACAUCUCUCCUUUCCCCAGAAAGUUCAAAUCCCACUCUGCACCAUCCCCACUUAUUCCACUGAUGGUCCCAAUUCUGCUUUGAUAAUAAAUGCAACAAUGCCCUGCA